UAACCAGAGAGAAUAUUCAUUUGGGGACCUGAGGGCUGUCGUUUGGUAGGGCAUGGCUGGGCCACAUUGUAGAGAGCUUUAAAUGCCAGGCUGAGGGGUAAGGAUUCUGUUAAAGAGGCAGCACGGGAGGCGAAGGGCAGGGCUGUUUGAGGGAGAGGAUUGCGUGGGAAGAAGUUGCAUGCUGGUUAAAAGUAUGGCUUUAUGUUUCCUUUUCCGGUAAGUGGCUUGAGGUGACCUCUAAAAAUGGUUCCCUCUUCACUUGACCCAGAAAACCCCACAAAAUCAUGCAAGUCAAGAGGUUCAAAUCUUCGUGUUCACUUUAAGAACACUCGUGAAACUGCCCAGGCCAUUAAGGGUAUGCAUAUCCGAAAAGCCACCAAGUAUCUGAAGGAUGGCACUUUAAAGAGGCAACGUGUGCCAUUCCGUCGUUACAAUGGUGGAGUUGGUAGGUGUGCCCAGGCCAAACAGUGGGGCUGGACGCAGGGUCGGUGGCCCAGAAGGAGUGCUGAAUUUUUACUGCACAUGCUCAAAAAUGCAGAGAGUAAUGCUGAUCUUAAGGGCUUAGAUGUAGAUUCUCUGGUCGUUGAGCACAUCCAGGUGAACAAAGCCCCCAAGAUGCGGCGCAGGACUUACAGAGCUCGUGGUUGGAUCAACCCAUACAUGAGCUCUCCCUGCCACGUUGAGAUGAUCCUUACUGAAAAAGAACAGAUUGUUCCUAAACCAGAAGAGGAGGUUGCCCAGAAGAAGAUAUCCCAGAAGAAACUGAAGAAACAAAAACUUAUGGCCCAGGAAUAAAUGCUGCAAAAAAUAAAUACAAAUAAAAGUAAAAAAAAAACCAAAAACAACAAGGAGUAUGGCUUUAGGACCAGACAGACCUGCCGAAGCAUCUCGGCUC